CUUGAACAUUCGAUCAAGGGUUCUUUUCCCUCGGUAAAGCUGUGUGUGUGGUUACGUUCUGCUGUCCACCAUCAGUAGAAUAGCUUCAAGAAACAUCGCUAGUUCAUGCGCACGUUUUGAUGGGUUCGCAUUUUACCAAUUACAACGUGGAUAAUUCUGGAGUGCAUUCAAAUAUAAAAUGGUGUCUUGAAUUAUGAAGUGACAGUCUGCGUUGAAGCUCUUACACUGGAGACUCAGAGAGAUCUGGGCUGAUGUUUGGCCUGAGGAAAAGAAAGAACAGGACUUCUGGGGGUGGCGCCCCAACGUCUUCCAAUGGCCUCAAAGCAAAGUCCCUGGAGAGGAAGAAGCCCCGCACCGCCUUCAUUGUCUUCUGCCUGCUUGUGCCUCGUCUCCUCAGCUCCCUGUACAACAUCAUACACGACUGUGACGAGGUGUACAAUUACUGGGAGCCGCUACAUUUCCUACUGUAUGGGUAUGGCAUGCAGACGUGGGAGUACAGCUCACAAUUUGCCCUCAGAUCACAUCUAUAUCUGCUGCUGCAUGCCCUAGUGGCGGGCCCUGCAGCGCUGUGGCUGGGCACAGGUCCAGGGAAGGUCACUGUCUUCUACCUCACAAGAGCUGUGCUUGCUUUGAUAUCGGUGUACAGCGAGACUGCCUUGGUCAGCGCGGGCAUGUUCUCAGCAUCCUCCGCCCUUCUGCCGAGCAGCUUUGUGAUGUACUUUGUGACCCUGGCCGCGGCAGCCGUUAUCAGGAAUAGGCCACAGCUGGUCGUGGUUUAUGCUGUUGUUGGAGUGAUAUUGGGGUGGGUAGUGGCAGGAGUGGCAUUCCUGCCAUAUGCUUUUUACGUUCUGUUUGCGGCUCCAUUCACAAGGUCUCUUGGCACUGCCAUAGCCGCGCUCACCCUGACCCUUGCACCGCUGGUGGUCACAGACAGGCUCUUCUAUGGGAAGUGGGCGGUGACAUUGUGGAAUUUUGUGAAGUACAAUGUCGUGGGGGGUGGGGACAGCUCUCUGUAUGGGGUGGAGAGCAGCACGUUCUACUUGCGCAAUGCCUUCACCAACCUGAACCUGGUGCUGCCAUUGGCGCUACUGGCUCCACUGUCUGGGCUUGUCUUGAUGCUGCAGCGCAGAGGGACGAAUGUUCGGAUGCGUCUGCUCAUUGCAGUGCUGCCUGUCUGGGUGUGGGGGCUCGCCAUAUCACUGUUACCGCACAAGGAAGAGCGUUUCUUGUACCCAGUCUAUCCUCUGAUCUGUCUGUCUGCUGCAAUGACAUUGGCGGCGCUGCCAGCGACAGUGAAGGGCUGCCUGUCCUGGCUGCUGCCUCGGCCGGCCGUGCAGCUCAUGGCUCGCGCCGCAACUGGAGCCGCCUGCUUAGCCAUAAUAAUCCUGUCCCUGUCACGAUCCCUUUCGCUGCGGCUCAAUUACGGCGCACCCAUGCACCUGUACAGCCACCUGCCCCAGGAGGAGCCUGGGUUGCACAGCGGCAAUCACACAUAUGUGUGCAUGGGGGAUGAGUGGCACCGAUUCCCCUCGUCAUUCUUCCUCCCAGCCCCUUGGUACCGUCUGGCGUUUGUCAAAUCGGACUUUCAUGGGCUGCUGCCAGUCCCUUUUGACCUGGACCAGGGUGGCACGGCAGCUGCACCCCCUCAGCUGAACAGUGGCAACCGAGAGGAGCCCGACAACUACUGGCCCGAUGCUAGCCAGUGCCACUUCUUUGUGGGCCUGCAGCAUCCAGAUCCUGACAAAUGGGAAGAGGUGGCUAGUGAGCCAUUUGUGGAUGUGACACGAUCAAAAUCUUCGCUCUUGAGAGCGUUCUACGUGCCAAAGCUGUCCAGAAGAAAAAACUUCUUUGCCAGCUAUGUCUUGCUCAAGCGCUUCAGCUGAUGCAGAUGAUACGUGCAGAUAACUCUGCGGCAUGGCAUAGCAGAUAUUUGUCAUGGAUCUUAGUGGUCACCUUCACAGUAAUGAGGUCUUCAGUGCUGCUAUCAGUGAUUCUAUUGUCCUCCAACGGGUAGGCGAGGUGUACAUGCACCGUGCAUGCAAGGUGCAUACGCGGAUUCGAAUUUUGCCAAGCAGAUAUGUGCACCCCUCUUUUACAUAAUGCAUUGUGGGUCUGUGGCGCUGCGAGGAUUACUUGUCCAGACUCUAGGCUGUUUUUGCUGAUCUCAUUAGCAUACCGAUGUCACUUCAAUCUCAGCAGAACGAACGUUCUUUAGAACCCAAAGUCAAGUUCAAAGAGUUUGAACUCCAAAUCUUUUGAGCUUCGCCUGCUGCAGUUGAUGUGCGACGCUGUUUCAGCAACUUCAAGUUGCAUUGCUUGAAGCUUGGCGAGUCUUCUGCACAUUUACAAUCCAUUUCGCUGAAUAUUUAAAGGAACGCGCUUGGUGUGC